AUCCUAGAUGAGAUGCCUGUCUUCUACAAUCUGAGUACAAUUGAAAAACGUGAAGUCCUGAUUAUCUUUCUGCAAAUAGUACGCAACUUGGAUGAUGACUCACUUGUUAAAGCUUGGGAGCAGAGCAUUGCACGGACCAGAUUAUUUUUCAAACUCUUUGAAGAGUGCUUGAUGCAUUUUGAGCAUAGGAAACCUGCUGAUGGCAUGCUUGUUGGUAGUAGUUCUCGUAGUGUGAUAGGGGAUGGACCUGCAUCCCCAAAAUAUUCUGACAGACUUUCACCUGCAAUAAAUCAUUAUAUGUCUGAAGCAGCGCGGCAAGAAGUCAGAGGAACUCCGGAUAAUGGUUAUUUGUGGCAGAGAGUCAACUCCCAAUUAAGCUCACCUAGUCAGCCAUAUUCUUUGAGAGAAGCGUUAGCUCAAGCCCAAUCUUCCAGAAUUGGAGCAUCAGCGCUAGCAUUAAGGGAAUCUUUGCACCCAAUCUUAAGGCAAAAGCUGGAACUUUGGGAAGAAAACCUGAGUGCUGCUGUUAGUCUUCAAGUUUUAGAAGUUUCCGAGAAGUUCUCGCGGACUGCUGCAACGAAGCGCAUUGCUACUGAUUAUGGAAAACUUGACUGUAUCACAUCUAUAUUUAUGAAUGUGUUCUCACGUAAUCAACCACUCUCCUUCUGGAAAGCUCUCUUUCCUGUCUUCAACAGUGUCUUUGAACUUCAUGGAGCUACACUGAUGGCAAGAGAAAAUGAUCGCUUCUUAAAGCAAAUUGCUUUCCAAAUUCUUCGGCUUGCAGUUUUCCGGAAUGACAAUAUCAGGAAAAGGGCUGUAAUUGGCCUGCAGUUACUUAUUCGGAGCUCGUUUUCUUGUUAUAUGCAGACGGGAAGAUUAAGAGUCAUGCUAACCAUUACAUUGUCAGAGUUAAUGUCUGAAGUUCAAGUAACACAAAUGAAACCUGAUGGCACACUAGAAGAAAGUGGUGAAGCUCGUCGUCUUCGAAAUUCUUUGGAUGAAAUGGCAGAUGAAGCUAAGAGUUCCUCCUUAUUAUUAGAGUCUGGGCUCCCUGAAAAUGCACUGGUUGCUGUUCCAGAAGGAUCAACAGAAAACCGCUGGUCAUGGUCUGAGGUUAAAGUUCUUUCUGACAGUCUUCUUAUGGCUCUUGAUGCCAGCCUGGAACAUGCACUUCUGGGCUCUGUUAUGAAUGUCGAUAGGUAUGCAGCUGCAGAGAGCUUUUAUAAACUAGCAAUGGCAUUUGCUCCUGUACCAGAUCUUCACAUAAUGUGGUUACUGCAUCUUUGUGAUGCUCAUCAGGAAAUGCAGUCUUGGGCUGAAGCUGCUCAGUGCGCUGUUGCUGUUGCUGGUGUAGUGAUGCAGGCCCUUGUGAGUAGAAAUGAUGGUGUCUGGAGCAAGGAUCAUGUGAGUGCAUUGCGCAAAAUAUGCCCCAUGGUCAGCAGUGAGAUCACUUCUGAGGCCUCAGCAGCUGAGGUGGAGGGAUAUGGUUCUUCAAAACUCACAGUUGACUCGGCUGUAAAGUAUUUACAGCUUGCAAAUAAGCUUUUCUCUCAGGCUGAGUUAUUCCAUUUCUGUGCAAGCAUUCUAGAACUUGUAAUUCCAGUAUAUAAAAGCAGAAAGGCAUAUGGACAGCUUGCGAAAUGCCACACAAUGCUUACUAAUAUCUAUGAAUCCAUCCUUGAGCAGGAAUCAAGCCCUAUACCUUUCACAGAUGCCACAUAUUAUAGAGUAGGAUUUUACGGUGAGAAGUUUGGGAAGCUGGAUAGGAAAGAAUAUGUUUAUAGAGAGCCUCGUGAUGUGCGAUUAGGUGAUAUAAUGGAGAAAUUGAGCCAUAUCUAUGAGUCGAGAAUGGACGGAACUACAUUACAUGUAAUUCCUGAUUCUAGACAAGUCAAAGCAGAUGAGUUGCAGACUGGAGUCUGCUACCUGCAAAUAACUGCAGUCGAUCCAGUAAUGGAGGAUGAAGAUUUAGGAAGCAGAAGGGAAAGAAUAUUCUCUCUCUCUACGGGAAGUGUCCGUGCUCGAGUCUUUGAUCGGUUUUUGUUUGAUACCCCUUUUACUAAAAAUGGAAAAACCCAAGGAGGCUUGGAAGACCAAUGGAAGCGGCGAACAGUUCUGCAAACUGAGGGAUCUUUUCCAGCGCUAGUGAACCGACUCGUGGUUAUCAGAUCAGAAUCUCUUGAGUUCUCCCCGGUUGAGAACGCUAUUGGAAUGAUUGAAACUAGGACAGCUGCAUUAAGGAACGAACUUGAAGAGCCUCGAAGUUCAGAAGGCGAUCAACUUCCCCGUUUGCAGAGCUUACAGAGGAUUCUUCAAGGUUCUGUUGCAGUUCAAGUUAACAGUGGAGUCCUCAGCGUCUGCACAGCUUUCCUUUCUGGUGAACCUGCAACUAGGUUACGUUCGCAGGAGCUACAACAACUUAUUGCUGCUCUUCUUGAAUUUAUGGCUGUGUGCAAACGUGCUAUUCGGGUACACUUUAGGUUGAUCGGGGAAGAAGAUCAGGAUUUUCAUACUCAGCUUGUAAAUGGGUUCCAGUCUCUCACUGCAGAACUAUCACAUUAUAUUCCUGCAAUUCUUUCAGAGCUGUAGAAGUAAUUUUAAUUGAUAUCCUUAGUGUUUUUUUGUAUGUUAGUCUGUGUUCCUCCUAUGAUCUGUUUAUAUUAUUUGUAAGAUUUGGUUUCUCUUCAGGUUGGUCUUUGUUCAUAAAUUAGUCAUUGGAUCUCCAUCUUUGUAUUUAUUCAUCCCUUUGCCUUCAACCAUA